CCACAUCAAAAUUCAAACAAUUCAAUCUCAUCCCGCCUCUCUCUCCUUAUUUACACCCCACACCCUACCUCAAACACUCUCCGUAGCCCACUUCUCUCUGUCUCCCUCCACAAAUUUCUCGCUCCCUCUCCCUCUAUUCUGAAGCUAUGCCUCGUAAACGAGCGGCGCCAAAAUCCAACGGCGAACAAGCCGAUGCACAAAAAUCUCGAUCUUCAAAAAGAUCGAAAGGCGACGCAAUCAAAGAAGAAGAGGACUUCGUUUUGCAAAUCAGCGACGCCGAGGAGAAUGAUGAAGAGGAGUUGGUGCAAAGUAAAGACGAGCAAGAAGUUGAGAUGAAUAUGGUUCGAAAGCCCAAGCGAUUGGAGAACGAAGAGCCGAGCUUCUUUAUCGGCGAGCCUAUCAAUGUCGAUGAAGCCAAGCGACGAUGGCCUGAUCGAUAUCUCGCUGAGAUUAGAGGAGGCAUGGAGGCUCCAAGAUCCAUAAGUAAUCCUGAGAAAUGUCAAGCUCGUAGGCAUUAUAAAGAAGCAAGGGUUGACGGGCAUGUAUCUUUUGCUCUUGGUGAUGACGCUCAUGUCAUGGCCGGUGAUGGAGCAGAUAAUUACAUAUGUAGGAUAAUUGAAAUGUUUGAAGGGGUUGAUGGUGAACCCUAUAUAACUGCCCAAUGGUUUUACAGGGCCAAAGAUACAGUAAUAAAAGAUUGCUCAAACCUGAUUGACAAAAAACGGGUUUUUUUGUCCAAUAUCAAAGAUGACAACCAUUUGGAUUGUUUACUUGAAAAGAUUAAAAUUGUUCAACUUUCGCUAAAUGCUGAUUUAGAUACUAAGAUGAAGACUGUUGCAAAAUGUGACUACUAUUAUGACAUGUUGUACCAUGUCCCGUUUUCAACAUUCCUAAAUGCCAAGCAUGAUGACACUAAAGACGAAAAUGAUUCUGCUUCUGCGAUCUCAAGCGAGAAUGAUGCCAAUCAAGAUGAAGGGAACAAGAACCAGAAGGAAAUGAACUUGUUGGACCUGUUUUCAGGAUGCGGUGCAAUGUCCACUGGACUUUGUCUCGGUGCCAAUUUGUCAGGUGUUAAACUUGUUACGAAAUGGGCAGUAGACCUGAACCAAUACGCAUGCCAGAGCCUAAAAUACAACCAUCCAGAGACUGAGGUUAGAAAUGAGAAAGCUGAAGAAUUUUUAGCUCUUCUAAAAGAGUGGCAAAGACUGUGUGCCUACUUUUCCUUAAUUGAAGACAAAGGCUUUCAAAAAAAAUAUGUAUCUCCCGAGAUUACAAAUAAUGAUGAAAAUGACGAGGAAGUAGAAGUAGACGAUGAGGAAAUUUUUGAGGUAGAGAAGAUUUUAUCCAUAUGCCAUGGCCUUCCUGCUGGGCAGAAGAAACCUGGAUUAUAUUUCAAGAUUCGCUGGAAGGGAUACGGAGAAGAUGAAGACACAUGGGAGCCUGAAGAUGGCUUAAGUGGGGCUCUGGAUAAGCUUAAGGAGUUUGUUACAAAUGGCUUCAAUUCAAAGAUUCUACCUUUGCCCGGUGAUGCUGAUAUCAUAUGUGGAGGUCCUCCAUGCCAGGGAAUUAGUGGUUUCAACCGCUUCAGGAACUACAAAAAUCCUUUAGAAGACUCAAAAAAUGAGCAACUUCUGGUUUAUAUGAGUAUUGUGGAGUACUUGAAGCCAAAGUUUGUUUUGAUGGAAAAUGUUGUUGACAUAGUCAAAUUUGCUAAAGGUUUCCUUGGAAGAUAUGCGUUAGGCCGCCUUGUUGGUAUGAAUUACCAGGCUCGCUUGGGUAUGAUGGUUGCAGGGGCUUAUGGCCUCCCUCAAUUUCGCAUGCGUGUUUUCUUGUGGGGUGCUCAUCAUACAAUGAAGCUGCCUCAGUUCCCAUUACCCACUCACAAUGUUGUUGUGAGAGGACAUUCCCCAGUGGAAUUCGAGUCAAAUGUGGUCACCUAUGAUGACGGUUGUGCUCCAAAAUUACAUGACAAAUUGUACUUGGGGGAUGCAAUUUCUGAUCUUCCAGCUGUGGACAAUAAUGAACCCCGUGAUGAAAUGCCAUAUGGCCCUUCUCCUAAAACUGAAUUUCAGAAAUUCAUCAGGAAAGGGAAAGAAGAGAUGCUAGGUUCAGCACCACCACUGCUACCACAGUCAGACUGCCUUCUUUAUGAUCAUCGUCCUCUUAAAUUGAACAAUGAUGAUUAUGAGCGAGUUUGUCAUAUACCAUUUAAAAAGGGGGCCAAUUUUAGGGAUCUUAAAGGGGUGAGAGUCGGACCUGAUAAUAAAGUGGAAUGGGACCCUGAUGUUGAACGUGUUUAUUUGUCCUCAGGAAAGCCUUUGGUCCCUGACUAUGCUAUGACAUUUGUGCGUGGAACCUCUUCCAAGCCAUUUGGGAGAUUAUGGGGGGAUGAGACAGUACCUACUGUAGUUACCAGAGCUGAACCACAUAAUCAGAUAAUUAUUCAUCCUGAACAAAAUAGAGUCCUCACUAUCCGUGAGAAUGCUAGACUGCAGGGCUUUCCUGAUUAUUACAAGCUCUUUGGUCCUAUUAAGGAAAGGUACAUUCAAGUGGGCAAUGCUGUUGCUGUUCCCGUGGCAAGAGCCCUCGGAUACUCAUUGGGACUAUCAGUUAGAGGCAGUGGCUGGUCUCCUUUGCAACCUUUAUUCACUUUGCCAGCAGGAUUUCCUAUUUGUCAGUCUCAUGCUUCUGAUGAAGUUUGAAAUACAAUCUCAUUCUUUGUUAUUCAUUCAUCAUUUUGUAUUUGUAUUAGUUACUGUUGGAGACCUCCUUGAACACAAUAAAAUUUGAUCUUAAUUUAU